AUGAAGAUAUCUACUACACUAGUGGUUUUUGUCCUGUUUCUUUGCAUUGUUCAUGCCUUUGGGCAGCCAGGUGGCGGCCUCGGUGCAGGUGUGGAUGUAGGAGGUGGCGGCGGCUUUGGCGGCAGCAUAGGGGUCGGCAUCGGGCGUGGGCUCGGCAUAGGAGGGAGGUUCGGUGGUGGGGUCGGAGGUUCCGUUGGUGGGGAUUUGGGUUUCGGAAGGGGCGCGGGUGGUUCGGGUGACGGUGCCGAAAACGAGAAGCUACAUGCACAGAUCCAUGAUAUUCCAUAUAGAGCUCGGAGGACAUGGCAUCUCUACCAUCUGUUUCCCACAUACCAUUCAAUCAAUCGGCUUCAGAAAUCACCCACUCAACUGUUUCCGAGGAAAAAAAAAAAGUUCCCAUUAGUUAUUAUUGAGCAAAUGCAACAAUCAAAUAUGACCAGCUUUUCUCAAACUGUACCUCUUUUCGAUGGAAAAUACCGGCAGCAAGGGCUGCAGAUGCAUCUCCCCGAGUUCUUCAACAGCUUUAGCAAGCUCAUAUGCUCCAAUCGGUCGGCCUUCUCGCCCACCAUUCACCUACACAAGAAUUACUUAAAUAAUUUCACACAUCCAAAAAGCCAACUUGAUGUUACUCACAUUCACAUAAAAGUCAAAAAGCCAACUGAUACCGAUAGUAGAGACGAGCUACUACAAUAUAUUGCAUCAUCACAUUUAGGGCAAAAGCAACUAAUUGGUACAAGUGCACUUCUCAGAUCCAAUUCCUAG